GGAAGAAUCUCAUCAUGUGACUUGUCUUUCAGUACGUUAAUGGAGCGUAUACCCCGGUUCUGGAUGCUACAUUUGUCAUGGUGGCCCGGGAUCCAGAAAACAAGAGGGCAGCUUUUGUAAAUCCACUGAAGCCUGAAGGUCCAGAGGAGGAGAAACUUUUCCAGGAAGGAGAAGCUAAUAAAUCCCGCCGUGUGGCUCUGAGCACUGCGUCGCUGCUGAAGGUGGCGCCCACAGACGAGGAGAGGAAGAUCGUACACAGUCUGUUCCUCAACACGCUGGACACAAAGACUGUCAGUUUCCGCAGCAGAAUUCUGCCUCCAAACUCGGUGUGGAUGGAAGACGCCAAAGUGAAAGGACUGGAGAUCUGCCACCCUCAGGAGAGGAACAUCUUCAACAGGAUAUUUGGAGGUUUUCUGAUGAGGAAAGCCUACGAGUUGGGCUGGGCCAACGCUUGCUCCUUCGGAGGAUGUCGACCCAGUCUGGUGGCUGUUGAUGAUAUCCUCUUCCAGAAACCCGUGGACAUCGGCUCGCUGCUGCUGCUCUCAUCACAGGUGUGUUACACACAGGGGAAUCACAUCCAGGUCAGAGUUCACAGCGAGGUGUUUGACCCUCUGACCCGCCAGCACAACACCACCAACGUCUUCCACUUCACCUUCAUUUCUGACCGCGGUGUCCCCAACAUCAUCCCAAUGACAUACGGAGAGUCAAUGCUUUACCUGGACGGGAAGAGGCACUUUAAUCAGACUGUGGAGCCCUGAACGCAACAUGUCUGCUGCCUGCCAAAACGUGUGUGUGUGUGUGUGUGUGUGUGUGUGUGUGUGUGUGUGUGUGUGUGUGUGUGUGUGUGUGUGUGUGUGUGUGUGUGUGUGUGUGUGUGUGUGUGUGUGUGUGUGUGUGUGUGUCGGAGGUCAGUUGAGAAGAAUAAAUGCACUUAAUACAGUAUACAUCCUUUUUACAUCACGCCUUGUUAAACCUUACAGACCCCACAUGGUAACCAUGUUUGAUUCCUGUUACUUCAUGUGUUCUGGUAUCUUUUACUGUAUAUUUUAUUUACUCUUUGUUUCACAGUUGUAACCAGGGUUACAACAACCAGGCGGCUCGUUUGACAGCCAGUCAGCGUUUACAACUUCUCAACAUCUAAACAUUUUCCUGGCCUUGUCAUGACCUCAUUUAUUCCUGAUUGCUUUACAGUUUUUAUAUCCCACUGUGGCUUAUACGCACACAACUUUUCUUUACUUUUAUUGUAUGAUGAAUGGGAAGCUUUAUAAUGAAUGUGUCAGGCUGCUGCGAGACGGAGGAGGGAGCAUAUUUCUGGCCUUAUGUCGUGUAUUUACUCAAAUGCAAUAAAGGAAUUCUUAUUUAUCGUGACUUCA